AUGCAAUUAAAUUACGAAAUACUUCAAGAAAUCUAUCAGAGUAAAAAGGUGAGAAUAGAGAAAGUAAGAUCAAUGCAAGAUAACCAGACUUAUAUUUAAAAAACGUAUCUACAAAAUAAAAAUGAAGGAUUGAAUGCAAUUAAAAUGUUAGCAUAGAUUAAGAAUCAAUUUGUAUUGUAAGUAAUCGAAUACCUUGAAAAUGAAGAACAACAAUUGGUUAUAAUAUAGGAAUAUUGUGAUUAAGGGGAUCUGAAAACCUUUACUCUACAACACAUCGGUUACAAAAUGCAAGAAAGCAUAAUUUGGUCACUCUUCCUAUAGAUGGCUUAUGCUCUCCUACAAUUAAAUGAACUUGGAAUACAACACAGAGUAUUAAUUCCUGAGAAUAUUCUACUGCUAGUAAGAACUGAAGGAUAUCAAAUUAGAAUUACAGAUUUCCACAAAUCUUCGAGACAAACUCUCUGUCAAUUACCCUGUGCUGCUAUAUACUUACCAUAUGAGUACUUUUUUGAAGGACAAUACACUUAGAAGUCACACAUUUGGCAGAUUGGCCAUAUCCUCUAUUUUAUGGUUUCACAAAAACUAUUAUUCCCAACAACCACCCUAGAGAAUCAAGUCAAAGAGCAACUAAGGAGAGGGCGAAUACAAAUUAAUAUACCCGAGGUCUAUUCUCAGGGACUAAACAAACUAAUCAAUGUCUGUUUGACCAUAAGAGAAAAUUAGAGACCCAAUAUUCUCUAAAUUUUGAGAAUGAAAGAAGUUAGAGAUGCUCUUGCAAGACCAUACUAUGAAUUUUCAUUAGAUCAAAGGAGACAUCUUAUGUACUGGAUUAAUAGUUCUGAAACUGCUAUUUCCAAUCCAGUAUAGUUUACAUUCAAUGAAUUUGAUUUGCAUUCUCCAAGACAAAUUCAGAAGGAUGUAGUGAUCAAAAAGAAUUUCAGAAAUUCAAAGUUGCCAGAGAUUUUUCAAUAAAAUCAGCAUGCCUUCAAAUCAUCAACUGAUCGCCUUCCAGAAUCAGAUAAUAUCAAAACUGAAACCAAAAGAAAGGAAGAUUUGUAUUUACAAUAGCAAUUGUUGUCAAAAACCUAUACAAAUAAGUAUUUCUAAGGCGUCGUCAAGCCUAUUAGUUUUCAUAAGAAAAAAUAAGUCAUUAAUAAUACUGAAUUGCCGAAGUUCUCUAUUCCUUAUCAAAAACAACUAGACCCUGUAUUUCAAAAUCUAUUGGAAAAUAAAAAAUAAAUAUGUGAUCGAUGGAUUGGAGAAACCGAGUAUAUGUUCCUAAGAUCAUAAAUUAAAUUUAAUAAAACAGAUAAAUUAUUGAGCUAUUUGUAAUAAAGGCACCCAAAAGUUGACGGCAGUGUUAUUUUGUAAUAAAUCAAUGAUAUUGCCCAUUUAGAAGACUAGAGAGGUUUUUAUAAAAAAUGUUGA